CGGGAAGUGCCUCUGCAUCCUGCUCAGAAAGGUUUACUUUCGCUUUGGCUCCGCUGUUUGCAGAGCGAGACGAGGAAGAAGGACGUCGAUUGAGCUCUGCGGGCGCUUUGAGUUGCGGUGAAUUGUUGGGAAAACAAUUCUUCCACAAAGAUCAUCACCGCCAUCUGUCAUGAUGAUCUGUGGCCUUGUCACAAAGUCCGAGGAACCUGCCCCAGUGCCCUUGAAGAGCAUCUCUGUGGAUGUGGUGGUCCGAGGCUUUGUGGCUGACGUGGUGUCUGAGCUCCGCUACCACAAUGAGGAGAAGACUCCAGUGGAGGUUGUGUUUGUCUUCCCUCUGGAUGACGAAGCUGCCGUAUACGCCUUUGAGGGCCUGAUUGGUGGGACGCGGAUUGAGGCCCAGAUCCGAGAGAAGAAACAGGCAGAGCAGGAAUAUGAGGAUGCCUUGGCUGAAGGCCGGCAGGCUUUCCUGCUUGAAAGAGAAGCAAACACCAGUGACAUUUUCACCUGCAGCCUGGGUAACCUCCCUCCCGAUGGGGAGGCCACGUUGAAGCUCUCCUACGUCCAGGCCUUGGCUCCAGAGCCUGACGGUGCCAUCCGCUUUGUCCUGCCUGCUGUCCUCAACCCCCGCUAUGCACCUCAGGGCUCAGAAGGGGGCAAUGUCACCAAGAGCAUACCACGAGUGCCCAAGGGGAAGCUUCCUUACACCCUCGGCCUCAGUGCCACACUGGAGUCGUCUUAUGGCAUCAACCGUGUGGAGUCCAAAUGCACCCUUGAGCCCUUGCGCUACAGGGCAGAAGACCGUACGAUUGCCCAGGUCUCCUUGGCUGAAGGGCACCAAUUUGACAGAGAUGUGGAGCUGCUGAUAUAUUACGAGGAUGUACACAAACCCAGUGCCCUCCUAGAGGCUGGGAAGCCUGGGGCUGCCCCAGGUGAGCAAAGCUUACAGCAACGGAGGACAUGGGGGCAGAAACUCAAAAGAGUGCUGAGAGGUGAAAGGACAGGAUCCUCGCUGAUGGGGGACCCAGCUCUUCUGCUUACUCUGUACCCCAGCAUCCCUGCCCCAAAGCCAAGCCAGAAGGCAACUGGAGAAUUCCUCUUCCUACUGGAUCGCUCUGGCAGCAUGGAGUGCAACACCGAGUAUAGCUCUGAUUCACCUGAUUCACCUAUGCGCAUUCAGAGCGCCAAGGAGACCCUGAUUCUCCUGCUGAAGAGUCUCCCUCUGGGAUGUUACUUCAACAUCUAUGGCUUUGGAUCCACCUAUGACUCAUUCUACCCGCAGAGUGUAGAAUACACCCAGGAGACCAUGUCCAAGUCCCUCCAACGGGUGAAGGAGCUGCAAGCCGAUCUGGGGGGUACAGAGAUUCUGCAGCCGCUGCAGGCCAUUUACAACCAGCCAUGCCGAGAAGGGUAUCCUCGCCAGCUCUUUGUGUUCACGGAUGGAGAGGUGUUUAAUACAGAUGAGGUCAUUGCUGAAGUUCGACGUCACAGCAGCUCCCACAGGUGCUUCUCCUUUGGCAUUGGUGAAGGGGCCUCCACAGCCCUCAUCAAAGGCAUUGCCCGUGCGGCCGGAGGCAGUGCUGAAUUCAUCACAGGCAAGGAGCGCAUGCAGGCCAAGGCCCUGCAGUCUUUGAAGAAGGCCCUGCAGCCAGCAGUGACCAGGAUCUCUCUGAGCUGGGACUUGCCUCCUGGUCUGAAGGCUGAGCUUGUGGGGUCAGGCCCACAGGUCAUCUUCCAGGGGCAGCGCUGCCUCAUUUAUGCCCAGAUCCGUGGGCAGAACCAGUCUUCAGGCUCCACAGAAGGGACUGUUGUUCUUCAGUACCUGUUCCAAGACCAGACAUUCAAAGAAACGAUGAAGUUCUCACUUAGUUCUCAGGAGACUGACAGGCUCCCUGUUCACCGUCUGGCGGCUCAGGCCCUCCUGCAGGAACUGGAGGGGGUUGGGGAGAAGGAAAAGGAAAAGCAACGUCUGGCACUGGAGACGAGCCUGAGUUCAGGGGUAGUGUGUUCGCAGACCGCCUAUGUGGGAAUUAACACAGAGCUGGGCACGCCACUUCAAGGGCCCCUCACCCGCCGAGAUGUUCCCCAUCCAUAUCUAUUGCCCUUUUCAGCACCUGGUGGACCUGCUGUGAUGCAAGGAAUGAGCAUGAAUCGAAGCAGACGAUCAGCACCAGCACCUAUGGCUAUGAUGUGCAGUAUGCCAGUUCCUCCCAUGGCUUACUCUGCAGAUUGCUUCUAUGAGUCUGCAUGUGUGGGAUCUGUUUGCAGUCCGUCCUCAGUGGAAGUUGAGCCCACCCCCAAGAAAAAGGAAUCUCCUUUCUUGAACCUGGUAUCUCUGCAGAAUGCUGAUGGCUCCUGGCCACUUGAUUCUGACCUGGCCAGCAUCCUAGGCCUGAGUGAGGCUGAGAUCUCAAGCAAAUCACCUGCCCAGGUGGCCCCGAACGCAUGGGCGACAGUGCUGGCCAUCCUAUGGCUCCAUGUCAAUGCCAUGGAACAGAAGGAUGAGUGGGAGUUACUGGAAGCUAAAGCUCUCAGCUGGCUCCAUGCAACCACAGGGCCUCAGCUGGCUGAGUGUGUAAAGGCCGGCAAUGCAAUGCUUGGAAGCGGCGUGAGCCCGGACGUUUUUGAAAUCUGAGUUUCUCUCUGCAACCUUGUGCCUUUUAAACUGAAGUUUCUGCUUCACUCUUCUUCUUUCCCCCCUCCUAGUGUACCCAGCUAUAUUCCCAUCAAUCCCAAGCUGUGUGCUUGCUUCUGAUGCUGCCAUAGCCUCGCUGCGAAAAGCGCUGGAGUUUCCUUCCCUCUUGAGCUGCCUUACAUUAAUUUAAUUAAUUAAUCAAUCAAUCAAAGGUUUUGUGUGCCUUAAGAAGGGGAGAGGGCCAAGUACACAGCAGAGGAGAGGGUUGGAUGUGUUGAGAAUGAAUGUUGUAUAGGUGGGUGCUGAAAGUCUUUCAUUGUGGAAGCGACAAUUCUCUUCAACAUGUAAGUGGGAAUGUGAGAGUUCCUGGAGAGGAAAUUGUGGCUGCUGCGCUCCUCCUCCUGCUGCUGCACUGUUAUGAGUUCCGAUUUGGCUUAGUGUGUUGUCCAGGCCCAAGCUCAAAGUUUCUCUUCCUCAAAGAAACCACGAGCUAUUAAACUGAGAUCACUUAGAUUAACAGCUUGCGGUUGGUCUAGGGCCGUGUUUGAACAACCCACUGAGCUAAACCAUGGCUUAAUUCACAGCAGCAUGUUUGAAUGACCUGCUAAGCCCAAACCAUUGCUUAGCCCACAGCAGCAGGACAGAGCAGCAGCCGCCAUCACCCCAGAAAUCCUCAUGGCCAGCCAUAGUUUGACUUAGUGUUACAUGUGAACCAGCUCAGUCAGUUUCCAAGCCCAAUUAAAGUGCUGUCAUUAACCAUUAAAGCCCCAAAUGGAUUUGGGCCAGGUUAACUGAAGGACUGUCUUCUGUAGCUCUAUGUGCCUAGUCCUUAGGGUCAUCAGAGAACCCUUUCUCCAUGUUACCCCACCUAAUGAGGCAAGACAGAUGAUGGCCAGUACAGAGAGAGCCUUUUCAGUGGUGAUGCGCUAAUUAUGAAAUGUCCUCCAAGGGACUUGCUUACCAUGCGCAUUAUGGUCUUUUUGACACCUAUAACGUUUUAUGCUGGUUUUCAUAUUACAUUGCACUGAUACAGAGUUUUGAGUUUUUGAUCUGCAUUUUGUAACCUUUCAAUUUUAAGUUUGCAAAUUGGGGAAAGGGUAAUUGCCCAGUGAUGCAGGUAUUCCUAUGUUCCAUCUCUGCUGUCAACAGACAAAGUUUUCAAUGAGGGGAAAGGAACUGAUUGAAAGUAUUUGCAAGCAAUUGGCAAAUCCUGUAGUGUGAUUUAUAGAUAAGCAGAUACUUUGUAUCUUUUCAGCUCAGUGGAGCUGUUUUGCAGAAUGGUGCUGGUUUGUAGCUGUAGCAUGACCCCUGUCUAUAAAUUGAGAUGGAUUCAGACAGAGCAAAGUCUCGCCAUCAACCUGUGAUGGUCUUAUGUUCUAAUUUUACUCUUACCAAGGAAUGGAACUGGGUCAUAUUGGAAGGUAUAACUUCCUCUUAUGCUUUUCGUCAAGCAAACUCUGUCCGCACAGAGACCACCAAAUUGAUCAGGCUGGAAGAAAUUGUAUGCCAAGCAGGCAAGCAUUGCUUGGACCACCAGAUGGCACUCUGUGCCUGGAGAACACGGGGAUCACAAGUAUAUUAAGAUAGAAAGAUGUAGCUGUUAGAGAGUGUCCUGAGCAUGAACAGGAAUACUUUGCAUAACCAACUGUUGAGAUACCAGAACUUAAGAGGAAAACAAGCCCAACCAUUUGUGCAUACAGCCAGCCUGGUCCAGUACUCAGCAGGUUGAAUGGGAAGUUUAUGUGUUAGCUUUCCUUGCACCCCAUUCUUCGCACCCUUCUCCAAGUUCCUUAAGAUCUAUAUAUUCUAUAUCCCCUUGUGUUCCCUCUUCUAUUCCUCCACAAUUAGCCUCUGCUAACCGAACAACUGUGAAGGCAACCAGAAUGGGAUUUCUACCAGAAACUCCUACUGCAGUUGGGUGCCACAUUUCACGGGCAGUUCCUCCACACAGCUGAUAGGAGGCAAACUUUGCCAAAGCUCACUUAAGCUGGUCAAAGGACUUUGAGUUUGGGAGAUCAAAUAAAAUGCCUGACCCGAGGACAAGAUAAUUUCAGUAACUUGUGAGCCCACUUAAUGUAGUUGUACCCUAAGGUGGUUAAAUGCAGAAGAAGGCAGUCCCCCUGUACCUUUUAUAGAGGGUAGGAGAGGGAAUUUCAGCAAAUGUAGCUUGUCAUGCCAGCAACUCCUGCUUAAAUCCCCUCUUCUACACAACUCUUAUAAGGUGUGGGAAUUCUGUUCUCUGCUGUAUGCAGCCAACCUAUUAGGGUGGCCACUUGUACCUCUCCAGAAAAGUGGAAAUGCAUAAGUAAUAAAAGGAAAAUAUUUGCAUAAAAUUGGCACAUGAUGAUUUAUAAAGAAGGCAGAUUUAUAAAUAAUUACUAUAAUUCAAAUAGAAAUACAGAUGGCUGACCAGGUGACCCAGUUUCUGCUACUCAGGAGCUAAUUGUUGAUUGGCAACUUCAAGAUCCCAACAUGGUUUGUGUAUCUUUACACCAGACUUUGACCAGGCACCCUUUCCAAUAGAGGACAGUCCUAGCUGUUCAUCUGAGCUGUUCAGUGUCAAAGGCUGAGUAAUUUUCCUUGGCUUUAUUUAUGGCUCAUGGCUGAAAGGCACAGGGCAAAACUGGAGUUGGGCAUUCCUCAAGUACACACGCCUGGAUUUUUUUAUUAGUGAGGAUGCCUCGUGAAAAUCCUAAGCUGCCCAGUGGUUUCUUCAGUUCUGCAUUCUGGUGGACUUCCUUCAGCAGUCUUCAGUCCAGCUUUAACCACAACAUACAUAUUGUAUGGUAUUUUUUUAACUAUACAGUGGUGCCUCGCUUAACGAAUGCCCUGCUUAACGAAAUUUCCGCUUAACGAAAGGAUUUUUCGAGCGGAGGUUGCCUCGCUAGACGAAUGCGUUUUACGAAAAAUUUGUCUAGUGAAUCACUGUUUCCUAUAGGAAUGCAUUGAAAUUCAAUUAAUGCGUUCCUAUGGCCAAAAAAAGUAAAAAAAAAAAUCAGUGCAUUCCUAUGGGAUUCGCUAGAUGAAUUUUUCACUAUAAGAAAAGACCCGUGGAACGAAUUAAUUUCGUCUAGCGAGGCACCACUGUAUAUUUAUAGGGUGAUGUUGUUGACUUUGGUAUCGAGAAACACAGUAAAGCUGUCUUGCGCUGAAUCAGACCAUUGGUCCGUCUAGCUCAGUCUUAGCUACACUCCUGGUGUCUCUCCUGGGUUUCAGACAGGAUUCUCCUACCUCUCCCUGGAGAUGCUGGGGAUUGAAUUUGGGACCUUCUGCAUGCAAAGCAGAUGGUCUACCAUUGAGCUACAGCCUCUCCCCCACCAGACUGCAGCCCUGUAGCAGAUCUCAGCACACCAGUUGAAGGCUGAAGGCCUACCCAAAGCUCUUCACAUGAAGUGACCGCUUUGCUAGUUCCUAGAGGGGCCAAUGAGUUUUUUUGCAGAGGGAUGUUACAUAGCAGUUUAGAGAAUUGCUGGGAAGACUCUGGUGCCUCUUGUCUUAAAUACCAAGAGUUACCUGCUCCAAAUGUAUUCAAUAAUGCCCCCCCCCAGACUUCAGCCACCCCAGUUUUCAAGGCCUGCGCCUCAAGUCUCGCCCAGUUCCAUGGGACCUCUUUCCAAGUGAGUGUGACCCAACUUGCAGCCUAAUCACUGGGGAACAAUUUUUUUUCAUUUUCUGUUGUAUGAGAUUUUUCAACUGUUCUUAUAUGUUCUUUCAGUGCUGAUUUCAAGUCUGAAAUCGAUUUUCGUGUACAUGCUAUAAUUAUCUUUCAAUUUCUGACUUUUGCUGAUAUGUCAUAUUUACACUGGGGAUAAGUGGACACUGACACGUUGAUCUACCCUAACCACAUGGUAAUUAUUGUUUUGAAAACUUAAUUUUUCUAGUUUUAUAAUGUUAUAAGAAUUUUAAGGUCAGAUAUAUAUAUAUAUAUAUAUAUAUAUAUAUAUAUAUAUAUAUAUAUAUAUAUAAAAUAAAUGUUCAUAAAUGUACCAAGCAAACACGUACAUAAAUAUAUAAAUCACAUGUCUCACAGGAAGACAGUCCUGAAACCAUUUUAACUCCCAAACUGACCAAAUAUUUCUCUCAGAGGGAGGGGGUGAGGGAACCUUCCCAUUGUCUCAGGAAUUAAGUAAUUGCCAUCUCAAAGGAAUGGCCAGACUACCAGAAAAGGCGAUUAGAUAAGGCAUUAUAAGAUAACCUGGCAGACAGGAAAACAACAUUCAAAUUUCUGUUGUAGACCGCCUUUUCUGUGAUGUAGGUAUGAUGUUUGGGGGGGGCGGUCUUGGGCUACACGCCUUCUGUGCUGUAUGUAUGAUGUUUCCGGGAUUGGUCUGGAGUUUGAGGGUGGGCAAUUUGAAAAUUCUACAUAAGGGCAGGCACACCUUGGUUCUGGGUCGUCCUCCUCUCUCCUGCGUGUAAGGGGAGCACCCUGUUGCAACAGCUUUAAUAAAGAUCAGGCUUACUAGCUGCUUUGCUUCUCAA